AUCACCGUGCAGUCGGGGCACUUCAGUUAAGUGUCAGUUAUCAGUUGGGUACAUUUGUGUUCCUUCCAGUGGCGAGGUGCAGACACGGCGGGCAAUACGGAUCAUCAGAAGUGCACUGCUUGUUCAGUCUGCGAUAUGGACGUAAUUCUCGGAGGAAUAGAAGGAGGUGCAACUCACUCGAAGGUGGUUCUGUUUAAUGGAAAAGGAGAAAAGUUGGUUCAAUGCGGCGGUCCUGGGACAAAUCAUUGGGGUAUGAGUUUGAGUGGUUGUGAGCAAGAAGAAACCAACAACCAAUUGAAAGAUGGUUUGCAAUCUAAGUACCCAAAUCUGAGUAAUAAUUAUGUAGUUUGCAGUGAUACUGUAGGAUCAAUUGCUGCUGCUCAUGAACAUGGUGGCAUGGUUUUAAUUGCUGGCACAGGCUCCAAUGCGUUACUCCUUAAUCCAAAUGGCACUGUGAAGCGUUGUGGUGGCUGGGGUCACAUGCUUGGGGAUGAAGGAGCAGCUUGGUGGAUUUCUCAAAAAGCUGUGAAGAUAUAUUUUGAUGAUGCUGAUAAUUUUGUGAAAGCACCUUACAAUACUGACUAUGUGUGGAAAGCUAUUAAAGAACAUUUCAGAGUUAAAGAACGGGAUGAACUUUUGAAACAUUGCUAUUCUGAUUUUGACAAGUCACAUUUUGCUGGUCUUUGCAAGCUUCUUGCAGAGGGAGCAAAGAAUGGAGAUGCUCUUUGCUUGUGGCUUUUUUCUCAAGCUGGCCGUGCUCUGGCUGGUUUUGUGAGAGCACUAGUUCCGCAUGCACACAAUAGCUUGUUUCCUGAUCUUGGAGGUCUUCCAGUUGUGUGUGUUGGGUCUGUGUGGCUCAGUUGGGAAUAUUUAAAACCAGGUUUUAUUAAGCAUCUCCAAGAACCUCCAAGGAAUAAUGAAAAACCUAUCGAAGAACUCUCCUUACUUCGGCUAACAACAAGUAUGGCUGUUGGUGCAACUUACUUAGCAGCAAAAUCUGUGAAUUACAAUUUGCCUCGAAAUUACCAAAACAAUUAUACAGUAUUCUUUCAUUACAAACGUAAUGAAAUAAAUGGUGGUCUAAUAGACUAAAACUAUUAAUAAGCAUGAAUGAAGACUAUGGAAGUAGAGUAGGUACUUUUUCUACUGUAAUUACUUGACAGAAUUUACUGAUUGCUAUUUACAGUUGUAUACAUAGAUUAUGCAUCCAAGCAUUUUUCUUUACAAUCAAACAUCUCAAGUUCCCAAAAAACUGUACAUAAAGGGAAGAAAAACACUUAGUCUUUUGUAUCUUUACUCUUUCUGAUGCUUAAAACAGUGGAUAUGUAUGGAAAUAUGUGAAUGUGAGUGUAAGUGGUUUGUCAGGAGAAUAUCAGUUCAGAAAAUUUAAUUUCUACAAACUGUGGUUUUGCCUAUGACAAUUAGAGAAGAAUUUACUCAAUUGAAGGUAUUCUUUGGCCAAUGAGUCUCACCUAAAAUGUCUAAAUACUGCAUGAAAUAAAGAAAAUGAGGUAAUGUUGUUACAACAUAAUGAUUAAAGCUGUUAUAACAAUAAUACUGUAAUUACAAGUUUAUGUGCAGUGCAAUUUCUGAUAAGAAUCCAAUAAAGUGUACUGAUACUGUACGUAUUCAUUUACUAGCUUAUACAGCAAUACUCGUACAAAAAUAGGUAUUGAAUAUGUAAUUUUCUUGUUCAUGAUAUUCUUUUAUUGUAGAUUAUUAUCAUUAACACUAAUAAUAGGAACAGGUUGAAGAAACUUUUCCCCUCCACUUGUAUUGAAGAAUAAACAAAAACAAUAAAUCAUGUUACCCUAUUAAAGGGUAAAGUAGGAUUCAAAACUACAAAAUAUACAAUAAUAUACCUACUACAAGAGAUAGAUUAUAAUACCCUCAGUGAUACAUCUGAUAACAACAACAACAACAACAAAGAUAGAACAAGUACCAACAAAUCUGUUCAUUGUAAAUAAGUAAUUCAUAUUUAGUACAAUUGUCCACUUGAAGGAAAUACUUGUAAUGUAUAUUGGCAACAUUAUUAUUAAUUUAAUUAUUCUUUGCUCUGUAUUAACCUAUAACAAUUUUAAUUACAGUUAUUAAAUAUAAAUUUAAACCUAAAUUGUUUUUGGACAUUUAAAUUUUGCUUGUUAUCCAGGAAUUGUAAUGCAAAAGUUUUGCAAAUUGUAAUGUUCAUUAUCAAUUAGUGAACAUAAAAUAUAAGUGAAUUAUAUUGCUAACUAUUUGAAAAAUGGAGUAAAAUGGAGGCAAAAAAAUGGAAUAAAUGGGAAAAAGUUUGAAUGUUUUAAUGUGAAUAUAAUCACAAAUUUACAUUAAAAGUAAUAAAGUUUUUUGAUUGUUAUUAAUCUAAAAUCAUACCAAUUUCAUUGCAAACUAAAUUUUAUAUUGUCAAAAUAUUUUUUACUUGGGUGAAGGUAUGUUUUGCAAUAUUAAUAAAUGGAGUAUAGAUAACUGGAAAUGUCAAAAUAAAAGGGAUUACUUUUAAGUGUAGAAAUAAACAUAUCAAAGAUUGCUCAGUUGUAGAUAUGCUUUGUGCUAGAAAACGACUUUCAUUGACUUCUGUUUAUUAAAUUCUGUCGUGUCUUGUUAUAAUGUAUUUUCCCUCUAGUCAUUCUAAUGUAUUUAUUCCAUAUUUAAAAAAUGAUUAAAAUGAAGACAUAUCAACAAUAACAUUUAUUGUCUGUUCUUUUCAUAAUUAUGGAAUUGCCGGGUUUGCAGUUCUGAACAUUGAAAUAUAAUUUCUUCUGCAUUUUGGUGGUUGUUGUUAUUAUUGUAGCUUUUAUACAAUCAGUUCUAAUUAAACUUAUUUUAAAGAAAGCAUUAUGGUAAUUAGUGAACAAUUGUUUUUUUUAUUAAUUAGGAACAAUUUGUAUUAGCAGGAUGAUCUUAUGAUUACACUAUUAAUUAGUUGUUCUGAUUGAAAUAAAUAUUCUUCAAUAAGGUGUUUUCAAAAUACUCUAUCUUCACAUUAAUUUAUCUAUAAUGUAUGCCGUGUAAAAUGUAAAUUGUCUGAUCUGCAAAAGGCUCAAAGAGUGAAAAUCAGUAAAGUUUAAAUGAGUGUAUAAAUACCAUUAUACUUUUUAAAUUAGCUAAGUAUAAACAUUUACAAUGAAACUCUUUUGUAUGUCAAGACGCAGUUUGCUUUAGAAAUAAAAUAUGUUGAGAUGCAACUGGAACUUUCACAAUAGAACAAUUGUUUCUUGAACUUUAAUUUUAUAAAUGUAUUUUGAUGAAAUAUCAUUAAAUUGUUCAAUUUUGUGAGGUGGGUCUUUUAACUGAAUGCACAUGUAGUAAUAAUACUUUCAUAAAGUGUUUGUAUCUGAAGAAAAGCUUGUUUUCUAUUUUAUUUCUUUUAUGUGCUCUGUGGACUGUGUAUCACUUUCUUGGUUUUGUAGAACAAAGGAUAAAAAUCAUAUGAAUGUAUGCACAAUUCAUACAAGAAUAUUAUUGUACUUUGC